AUGCCUCAUCUCGAGGCAUCACAGGCUCUGCUCCACUUCCUUUCCAACCUCGCCAAACAGUAUGACCCGGCCAGCGCCGCGUCCUUUGGCGCUCCGGUCGGUAAUGGCGGCGCCGCCAAUAUCCAUCUGCCUGGCCCCGACACAGACGAGAAGAGAGCCAUCGAGCACGAACUCGCUGCGUUGGCCGCCCGCGUGAAUCUCCUGGAAGCGAAGGCCGUCGCUCACGACAAGUCGUUCCCCAUCACACCCGGCGAACCCGGCCUUCCAUCCCCGUUCCACAAUGAUACCGCCGCCCCCACGUCGGAGAUCGGGCGGAACGGUGAGCUGGCACCGGCCCGCCCGAGCCCCGCCGCAUCGAAAGACCAGCGUGCCGCGUGGGUGAACAACUGGCUGUCAUCGAAGGAGGGAGGGAUCAGCGCCGAUCGUGUCGGGCCCGUCGGCGAGCAGGAACUGGGGUAUAUCCGGCAUCAUGUGGACAAGCAGGCGGACCAGAUCAAGAUCCAACGCGAGCAGAUCGAGCACCUGUCGGCGCAGAUAUUGCAGCAGAAAACCGACCAGGAGGUCACGCUGAAGCAUGGUAUCGAGGACAUCGGAACCAUGAAGCGGGAGCUGCAGAAGCACCAGCAGGCCAACUUCGCGUUCCAGAAAUCGCUACGGGAGAUCGGAACCAUCGUCACCGCCGUCGCCAAUGGCGAUUUGAGCAAAAAAGUUAUUGUUUAUGCCAAAGAGAUGGAUCCGGAAAUCACAUCGUUCAAGCGCACCAUCAACAGCAUGGUGGAUCAAUUGUUGCAAUUCGCCCAGGAAGUCACACGUUUGGCGAAAGAAGUCGGUACCGAUGGCGUAUUGGGUGGCCAGGCGCAAGUCCCCGGCGUUCGCGGGAUCUGGGCAGAACUGACCGAGAAUGUCAACUUGAUGGCCCAGAACCUGACCGACCAAGUGCGUGAGAUCGCCACCGUUACCUCGUCCGUCGCCCACGGUGACCUCAGUCGCAAGAUCGAACGACCCGCCCGUGGAGAAAUACUUGAACUGCAGCAGACCAUUAACGUCAUGGUGGACCAAUUGCGGUCCUUCGCAACGGAAGUCACCAAAGUCGCCCGUGAUGUCGGAACAGAGGGAGUCCUCGGCGGACAGGCCCAAAUCGAAGGCGUGCAAGGCAUGUGGAACGACCUAACGGUGAGCGUGAACGCCAUGGCGAACAAUUUGACCACCCAAGUGCGAGACAUCGCCGAGGUGACGACGGCCGUGGCGAAAGGGAACUUGACGAGAAAAGUCCAAGCGGACUGCAAGGGCGAGAUCUUGCAGCUUAAAACCACAAUCAACUCUAUGGUGGAUCAACUGCAGCAGUUUGCGCAGGAAGUCACGAAGAUUGCGCGAGAAGUCGGUACGGAGGGACGGCUCGGUGGCCAGGCGACGGUGCAUGGGGUCGAAGGAACCUGGAAACAUCUCACGGAGAGCGUUAAUGGCAUGGCCAUGAAUCUUACCACCCAGGUGCGAGAAAUCGCCGAAGUCACGACCGCUGUCGCGCGAGGCGACCUGACCCAGAAGGUCACCGCUGAGGUGCAAGGAGAAAUACUGGUGCUCAAGGAUACGAUCAACACCAUGGUGGACCGCUUGAAUGCCUUCGCAUUCGAGGUGAGCAAGGUCGCGCGCGAAGUCGGAACCGAAGGACUCCUGGGCGGCCAGGCCGUGGUGGAAAAUGUCGAAGGCAAAUGGAAAGACCUCACCGACAACGUCAACACGAUGGCUCGCAACCUGACUACCCAGGUGCGCAGUAUUUCCGACGUCACGCAGGCCAUCGCGCGCGGAGACAUGAGCCGCCGCGUGGAAGUGCCCGCGCAAGGCGAGAUCCUUCUUCUGAAAGACACCAUCAACGACAUGGUGACGCGGCUGGACAACUGGUCGCUGAGCGUCAAGCGCGUCGCGCGCGAGGUCGGCGUCGACGGGAAGAUGGGCGGACAGGCCGAGACGCGGGAUAUCGCGGGCCGCUGGAAGGAGAUCACCCUCGACGUCAACACCAUGGCGCAGAACUUGACGUCGCAGGUGCGCGCGUUCGGCGACAUCACCAACGCCGCGACGGAGGGCAAGUUCACGCAGAUCAGCAUCGAGGCAUCCGGCGAGAUGGACGAGCUGAAGCGGAAGAUCAACCAGAUGGUGGGCAAGUUGCGGGAUAGCAUCGAGCGGAACACGGCGGCUAGGGAGAACGCCGAGUUGGCGAACAAGACGAAGUCGGAGUUUUUAGCGAACAUGAGCCACGAGAUUCGAACCCCCAUGAACGGCAUCAUCGGGAUGACCCAGUUGGCGCUCGACACGGACUUGACGAAUUACCAACGCGAGAUGCUGACCAUCGUCCACAAUCUAGCGAAUCAGUUACUGACCAUUAUCGACGACAUCCUGGAUAUCUCCAAGAUCGAAGCCAACCGAAUGACGAUGGAGGAAAUCGAAUUCUCGCUGCGGAGCACGGUGUUCAACGCGUUGAAGUCGUUAACCACCCGCGCGAACGAGCGGUCCAUCAAUCUGGCGUAUCAAGUCGACAACACCGUCCCCGAUUUUGUCAUCGGUGACUAUUUCCGGCUGCGCCAGAUCAUCCUGAAUUUGGUUGGCAAUGCGAUCAAGUUCACCGAGGACGGCCAGGUGAAGGUGGUGAUCAGCCUAGCGUCAGCAGACGUCGCCGGGCCGAACGUCGGGACGGGCGAGCGGAUGAUCGAGUUCACGGUGCAAGACACCGGCAUCGGCAUCCACAAAGACAAGCUCAACCUGAUCUUCGACACCUUCCAGCAGGCGGACGGCUCGACGACGCGGAAGUUCGGCGGCACCGGGCUGGGAUUGUCCAUCUCGCGAAAGCUGGUCAACCUCAUGGGCGGCCGCAUGUGGGUCGAGUCCGAGUACGGCAAAGGCAGUACCUUCAACUUCACUUGCAAGGUGCGACUCGCGUCGCCCGACCUCACAUUGGUGUUCCCGAAGCUGGCGCCGUACCUCGGGCACCCCGUUCUCUUUAUCGACAAAGGCCACACCGGCUGCACGGACCUGAUCGUCGCGCACCUCAAAAAGCUGCAGCUCGUCCCGUACGUCGUCCGCGACGACAAGAGCAUCAGCUGGGAGGUGCCCGGCACCAAGGGCCGCGCCUUCGACUGCGUGCUGGUCGAUUGCAACCACACCGCGCGCAAGCUGCGCGACUUCGAGAAGUUCAAAUACAUCCCCUUCGUCAUGGUCACGCCCAUCAUCUCCAUCACGUUCAAGUCGGCCCUCGAGGACGGCAUCGCGAGCUACAUGACCACGCCGUGCGAGGCGAUCGAUCUGGGCAACGCGCUCAUCCCCGCGUUGGAAGGCCGCGCGGCGCCGUCGGUCCGAGAUCAUUCGAAAUCGUUCAGCGUGCUGCUCGCGGAGGACAACGGGGUCAAUCAGAUGCUGGCGGUCCGCAUCCUGGACAAAUACCAUCACACGGUGACGGUGGCGAACAACGGAGCGGAGGCGCUGGAGUACAUCAAGAAGCACCGCUACGAUGUCGUGCUCAUGGACGUGCAGAUGCCCGUCAUGGGUGGCUUCGAGGCCACGGCCAAAAUCAGAGAUUUCGAGCGCGAUAACGGCUUGACCCGCUCUCCCAUCAUCGCCCUCACCGCCCACGCCAUGGUCGGUGAUCGUGAGAAAUGCAUCACCGCAGGCAUGGACGAAUACCUCUCCAAGCCCCUCAAAGAAGACCAACUCACCCAAACGAUCCUCAAAUGCGCUACCCUCGGCGGUCCCCUCCUCGAGCAAAGCAACGCCGAUCCCCGCAUCUCCAACAUUCCCUCCCCCAACCCCACCGCCCUCACCUCCGACGAGUCCUCCACCAACGGCUCGUCCAAGCGCCCGCAGCUCGAGGCCCGCGUGCGCACCGACACCAAGCCCUCGCAGGGGAGCCCGGCGCUGCUGGCUCCCGACUCGACGGACUCGGCGGAGCAGCCGCUCUCGCGCUCGUGCAGCAGCUGA